UGGUUGAUUCUGUUGCCCCUUGACCUGUGUGACGCAGAGGUCACGUGGCCGUGCUUCAGCCCAGCCUGACCAUGCUUGUACUGAACAGUCCGUUUUUAAAAAAGUUAGUGGUGUAAAAUCUCCCGGUAUUGCCUUUACACCAAGUGAUCAUGUCGGACCUAAAGAUUAACAAAAAAUUCGCGGAAAAAUACGACAAGUAUAGACAAAAGGAAGAGCUGCAGAAAUUAAAGGAUCGCUUUGGAGAUCAGGAUGACGAAGGUUCCUCAGGCUCCUCAGAUUCAGAGUCUGAUGAGAGUGAAGUGGAAUUUGAUCCCAAACUUGAGAGAGCUUUUUACUUGACUCUGUCUCUGUUGAAGAAGAAAGACCCAAAGAUUUAUCAGAAGGAUGCACAGUUCUACACAGAGGAGGCGUCCAGCUCAGGCAGCGAUGAGAAACCCUCCACUUCUAAAAAGUCUGUAAAGCCAAUGUUCCUAAAGGACUACGAGCGCAAAGUCAUCUUGGAGAGAGGAGGAAAAUAUGAUGAUGACGAUGAUAGCGCUGAUGAAGAGGCUGUCAGGAAGAUGCAGGAGAGAGCUGCAUCUCCCAGCUACAUCCAAGAGCAGAAGGAACUAAAAGAGAGCUUUCGGCAGUUUGUUCAGGACAGCGGCGACGAGGCCAGUGAUGAGGAAGCGCUGCUGAAACGCAGGAACAAAACACAAGAGGAGAAGGACAAAGAGGAGGCAGACUAUGUGGAGUGGCUGAAAGGACAGAAAGAGUUGGAGGGAAAGGACGAGAUUCAGGACAUGAAAUACCUGAGAGAUUACUGGAACGACCCACAGCUGGAUGAUAAGGAGACUUUUUUACGAGACUACAUCCUCAACAAAGGGUACCUGGAGGAAGAUGAGGAGGACAGAAUUCCCACCUACAAUGAGCUCAUGCAGGAAGAUGUAGAAGACUCUGACGAGGAAGGAGAAUCGUUCCUGCAGAAGCAAGAGGACUUUGAGAGGCACUAUAAUUUCCGCUUUGAGGAGCCCGGCGCUCAUCAGGUCAAGACGUACCCCCGCAGCAUUGCCACCUCCGUCCGAAGCAAAGACGACAGGAGAAAGAAAAAGAGGGAAGAGGUGAAGGAGAGAAAGAAAAAAGAGAAAGAACAGAAGCAGCAGCAGUUAAAGGAGCUGAAGAACCUGAAGCGAGCAGAGAUCAUGGACAAGCUGAAAACAUUGCAGGAGCUGACAGGAAACCAGGAGCUGGCCUUCAGCGAGGUGGACCUGGAAGGUGACUUUGACCCUCAGCACCACGACCAGCUCAUGCAGAAAUUUUUCGGAGAUGAAUACUACAAAGAGAACGAUGAGGAGAAACCUCAGUUUGACGAUGAUGAUGAGUUGGAAGGACAUUGGAAUUGGGACACAUGGACAGGUGAAGACGAGGAAGGCUAUGAAGAGGAGGAAGAGUAUGAAGGUGAAGAGGAGAGCUACGAGCUUAACUGUGAAGAUCCUGACUUCAUUAUGGAUGCAGAUUAUGACCCCAAUCAGCAGGCUCUGUCUAAGAAGAAAAAAAAGAAACAGAAGGAGUUGAAGAAGAAAAAGAGUGGAGAUGAUGCCCCGCUCAUGGGCAAAAAGCGAAAGAAGUCUCACUUUGCUGAAAUCGUCCAGCAAAACAAACCAGUGUUUGAUCCACAGGAAAAGACGUUUGAACAGUACCUCGAUGAAUACUACAAACUAGACUAUGAGGACAUCAUAGAUGACCUGCCCUGCAGAUUCCGCUACCGACAAGUCGUCCCUAAUGACUUCGGCCUGACAACUGAAGAGAUCCUGGGAGCAGAUGAAAAAGAGUUGAAUCACUGGUGCUCGCUGAAGAAGACCUGCAUGUACAGGUCCGAGAGGCAAGAGCUCUGUGACGUGAAGAAUUAUCAAAUCAAAGCGCAGAACAUCAAUAAGAAGAAACGAGUGUUGGCUUCUCUGUAUGCUGAGAAUGAUGAGGAACUUGGGGAGUCGAACGCUAAGGUGAAAGUGGGUAAGAAGAGGAGAGAUCGCAUAAAGAAGACAGAGCUGGAGAGAGAAAGGAUAUCUGAGAAGAAGGCAGAAGAGGAACAAGCAGCAGAGUGCGAUCAGGACGCAUCAGCAUCCAACUCAGCAGAGAAUCUAGCAGCUCAGGCUCUCAGAGACACGGCUGUGGAGGAGGAGGACGAUACAGCGUUCCUGGUGCCUAAGAAAAAGAUGAAAGUCGAAAAGACCACAGAAGCCCAGAGGACUGAAAAGCCUAAAUGGCCAAAGAAGAAUAACCGCCGCCCAGGCGGACGAGUGCUUUCUGGUGCUUUGAAGGUGAAGAUGGGAGGCCGGGAGUUCAGCAGACAGAGACUGAGAGCCUACGGCCUGAAUCCCAAGAGGCUGCAUUUCAGGGAAUUUUACAGGCAGAAAAGAAAAGAGAGAGAACAGAAAGAAAAGAAGGAAAAGCUGAAAAACAAAGGGAAAGAGUAAUACAUCUUAGACUGUAACACGUGAACAAUUUAUUGUCUUGGAUGCCAUCAGGGGAGCACUUGCUUAAGUUAGGCAAGGAAGGAUCACUGAAUAUCAAUGUACAGGAUUUUAUAAGAAGCAAGGCUGUAAAGUUAGGAUAGUGUCCAUUAGCUGUGUGCCCCUUGGUUUAAUAUAUUAAAAUCACUUUUUUUAUGAAACAACUUGUUUCAAUUUUCAAUUUGAUCAUUAAACAAUGGGCUUGAA